UAUAAUAUGAGUGGUUGAUGGGUCGGGCUCGUGGCGGCGCCACCGUUCUUCCUCUCCGCCAUCACUGGUGUACACGAACGGCAAAAUGGCAAUUCGUCCACUUAAAAAACCCAAGAUUGUCAAGAAGCGGGUAAAGAAAUUUAUCCGCCACCAAAGUGAUCGCUAUGUUAAGCUGAGGCCCAACUGGAGGAAACCGAAGGGUAUUGACAACCGUGUGAGGCGGCGCUUCAGAGGGCAGUACCUCAUGCCCAAUGUUGGUUAUGGUUCAGCAGCCAAGACCAAACACAUGCUUCCUAAUGGCUUCAGAAAGGUCCUCAUUCAUAAUGUUCGUGAACUGGAAGUUCUGAUGAUGCAAAAUCGUACCUUCUGUGCAGAAAUUGCCCAUGGUGUUUCCUCCCGUAAGCGCAAGGAUAUCGUUGAGAGGGCAAACCAACUAUCAAUUCGCCUGACCAAUGGAUCUGCGAGACUGCGUACUGAAGAAUCCACUUAAGAUAAUAAAUUGUGGUUAUAA